AUGUCUCAAAUACCGCAGCAGGGUUUUGUGCCUGAGAAAAUUCAGGAAUUCAAUCGCAGGGCGUCGCAGGACGUCACAGAUUCAUCAAAAAGGAUUCCUCAAGAAGCGACGCCUAAGAAGGAAACGAACAAUGUCGAUAAAAGCAACCACAAGCUAGAGGAGAAGUCCAAGACUGAUACGACUGCAUCUCGUCAAAAUCAAGAAAGCAAAAACCCAUUUUCUCCUCAUUUCUAUAGAAACAACAGAGCCCAAGGACAUUUCGAAAUGGGUCCUCGAGGGUUGGAUUACUCCCCUCAUAGGAUGGGUCUCGAAUUUUCCAAUCGUUUGCGAGACUAUGGACCACAACGAUCAACAUCCAUCCACGGACACGAGCUGACAGACGGGCCCAUCUUAACGAAGCCCGAAUAUUUGGGACAUCGGAAUUAUUUCGGGAGUCAGAUCGUGCCAGGCGGUAUAAACCAUCCGGAUGUAGUAUUCCGCCAAGACCACUACGGUCAGGUCGGCUUCUCUCCUCCAAGAGCUUCGAGGUUUUCGUCUCAGGAGUAUUUAAAUGCUCCAGGCAACUACGGCAGAUGGCCAGAUUACAGAGCUGAGUACCGUCAGCGAAGGAGGUCUCAGCAAGAUCUACAUUCCAUGGGACACAGCCCAGAGUCAGUGACGGCCCUCCGUGAACACUGGGAUGAGGCGAACGCUCGCGUGUUGCAGCGGAAGGCUCAGUUGGAUGCCAUGCUGGGAGACUCUCAGAGAUACGAGGCGAGGAGAAGAGACGCAGACGCCUGGCUCACUAGGAUGGAGACCAGACUGGCUGAGAUGACUCCUCCCGGACAUACGGCUGACGUACUGGAGAUGCAGCUCAGGGAACAGAAGUCGUUCCACGCGGAAGUUCAUCAGUACAAGCACCAGAUAGAGCUGUUCGGUCAACUGACGCAGAGACUGAUAGCGGUGUACAGGAACGACGACACGACGCGCAUCAAACGAGCCACGGAGGCCAUCAACCACCGAUACAACGAACUUAAUAAUAGUAUCGUGGCGCGCGGUAAGGCUCUCCACUCGGCGGUGUCGUCGCUGCAGAACUUCGAUCGUUCGUUGGAGCGGUUCGUGGGCUGGCUGAGCGAGGCGGAGUCACUGCUGGAGGCGGCCGAGAGAGACCCGCAUCUGUUAAAGGUAAGAGUAAGGAGUCCGCGUCGCCGGUGA